UUUUCUUUCAGAAGAAUAAGACGGGAUAAGAGCGGCGUUUAGGAUCCUCUACCUCCUACACUUCUGUCUGCAUGCACGGUGGAAUCGGACAGUCUAAUCUGAAAUGUUAUCCAAGCAAUAAAAUACAACCAGACAUGGAUCCAAGUUUUGACCAACAAAAGCCGGGGAGAUCUGAAGAAGCUUCAGGAAAUGUGGAAGCGCAGUCCGAGGAAAAUGGCAUCGGCUGCUUUGGCUAUAUUUUGAUUUUCUUUUCUUUUUUGCUGGUCCUCGUCACUUUUCCAGUUUCCAUUUGGUCCUGCAUCAAGAUUGUUCAGGAGUAUGAAAGAGCGGUAAUAUUUCGACUGGGUAGAGUUAGGUCUGGAGCAAAAGGUCCAGGAAUAUUCUGGAUACUUCCGUGCACCGAUGAUUUUUGCAGAGUUGACUUGAGGACAGUUUCUUUUGCCGUUCCACCACAAGAAGUUCUAACCAAAGACUCCGUAACAAUCAUGGUUGACGCCGUUGUGUUUCAUCGCGUCAUUAGUCCGAUUAUUACAGUCGUUAAGGUGGAUAACGCCAACCAGGCAACUCAAAUGCUGGCUCAGACUACGCUGAGAAACAUGUUAGGGACAAAAAGCCUAACAGAAAUUCUUAUAGAUCGUGAAGAGAUGGCAGAUCAAAUGGGUAAAAUCUUAUAUGAUGCAACGAAAGAAUGGGGAAUUAAGGUGGAGAGAGUGGAAAUUAGAGAUGUGAAGUUACCAUCAUCACUCCAGAGAGCAAUGGCUGCAGAAGCAGAAGCCGCCCGUGAAGCCAGGGCAAAGGUUGUUGCUGCAGAAGGAGAAAUGAAUGCCUCUCGUGCAUUGAGGGAGGCAGCAGUAAUCAUGUCCGACUCCCCGGCAGCUCUGCAGCUACGCUAUUUACAGACCCUGUCUCACAUCUCCGCGGAGAAAAAUUCUACCGUCAUUUUUCCAAUACCUGUUGAGUUUUUGUCUCUGUUAUCCCGUAAUUAACCCAUUAGAAUGACCAUUAACAUUGUUUUCAUUUCAGGCGUGACCAGCACAAAAUAAACCAUUUACAUAUUUACCGAGGAGUGAAUUCAUAGAUCUGACAUUUCCAUUUCAGUAACUUACAUUUUCAGGGCG